UUCAAACGCCACUUGUCGACGCACACCAGGGUGUAUGAAGGGCCCUAUAAAUGCAUCUUAAACAACUGCAACUUCACAACAUUCACUUAGCGUUAUUUGCCUGAACAUGUUUUACGCAAGCACACGGCAGGUACACCAGGGAAGCACGACAUCCCAGUGCUGGAGAUGCCGAUAUCAGAAGAGUUGGACUUAGAAUACCCACUGACAUUCGAGCCAGAGUCAGCUGAGGAAUUGGAGCUCCAAUGUGGGCUCAAGUGGCAGAGCUUGGCUGGCCAAAAAAAAAACUUUUUCAAAUCCAUACCGCCAGUCCAGGAUGACACUGGUGUGGAUUUAUUCAGUCUCUUUAUUUCCGUGGAGGCUCGGGGCGGCUUUGACAACACAGCCAAUUGGGAUAACGUGGCUCUCAAUUGUAAUUUAAUGGCGUACCCCUCCAACAAGCUGUCAGGAAUUUACAAAAAAUACCUUCUUCAAUACGAGGACCAAGAAAGGAUCCGACUGCGGGACCUUAAAAAGCGCAAUUAAAACCCAACCCAGACACAUAAAUAAAACAAAACCUGUGAUAAAUAACUAAACCAGCCGCAACUGUGCUAUAAUUUCUGCUUUCUCUAUAAACUCGACUAAAAGUAGAAACCCUUGUUUGUGUAUUUUUAUGUCCUAAGUGUUACAUGUUAAUUUUUCGUGAUCGUGGAAAAAAUUAUUCUAUGUGUACAUAUGUAGGUCUCUCUCGCGCCCUUUUUGCUCCCUAUGCAUAUAUGUAUGCCUCGGCAUUUACAUAGGGGAGACAGUAAGCGGAACACACACACACAUAUACGCAC